AUUAUUACUAUCAACAAAAUUGAUACAUAGAUAAUGGGAUUACAAACAUACACAUUUCAACUGAACAUGAAAGAAUACAUAACCAAUAGUUACAGUAUAAAUGAGUAUUCCCAAAUCAUGGAUGAUACAAGUAACAAAUAAACAAGGCAAACCUACGUAUAUCAUAAUAUAUAUAUAUAUAUAUAUUUUAAAAAAACAGAAAAAAGAAAAAAAAUUAUGCAAAAAAACCUAAUCUAAUAACUAAGGAAAAAAUGAAAAAAAGGGCUGUUUAUAAUAUCUAACAAAAAUAUCAGUGUCAUCAACUCCGAUCAACAAUUAUAAAACUGGAAAAACAAAGGUCAUCUUUAUCUUGAGAAAGAUUUCUCAGCAUCUGCAGGAUCUUGCGUCGAGCAAGAGAAAAUCUGCAGAUGCUGGACAUCCCAGCAACACACACAAAAUACUGGAGGAAAUCAGCAGGUCAGGCAGCAUCUAUGGUAAAAAGAAGUCCAUGUUUUAGGCCCAGACCCUUUGGCAGGACUGGAGGAAAAAAGCUGAGGAUUAGAUUUAAAAGGUGGCCUCAUCAUGACAGUAGAGCACAUAUCAGAACAGGAAUAAGAGCUGGAAUUAAAAUGGGUGGCCACUGGAGAUCCGAUUUUCUGGCAUAGGUGUUUGGUAAAGCAGUGUCCCCAAUCCUCGCCAGAUCUCACUGAAAUACAGGAGGCCACACUGGGAGCACUGAACACAGUGAAUGACCCCAACAGAUUGACCUCACGAGGAAUGACCCAUUCCGAUAUGUCCAUGUGUGACCUCCUCUUCUGUCGUGAUGAGGCCAACACUCAGGUUGGAGGAACAACAUCUUGUAUUCCGUUUGGGUAGCCUCCAAGCUGAUCACCUGAACAUUGAUCAUCGGGGUCUCUCUUCCCGCCAUCACAGACAUUUACACUACACGCUGCAUCCGCAAAGCAAACAGCAUUAUGAAGGACCCCAUGCACCCCUCAUACAAACUCUUCUCCCUCCUGCUGUCUGGGAAAAGGCACCGAAGCAUUUGGGCUCUCAUGACCAGACUAUGUAACAGUUUCUUCCCCCAAGCCAUCAGACUCCUCAAUACCCAGAGCCUGGACUGACACCUUACUGCCCUAUUGUCCUGUUUAUUAUUUAUUGUAACGCCUGCACUGUUUCGUGCACUUUAUGCAGUACUGGGUAGGACUGUAGUCUAGUGUAGUUUUUUUUUUGUUUUUUUUUACGUAUUUCAGUCUAGUUUUUCUGUGUCAUAUAACACUGUGGUCCUGAAAAAAUGUUGUCUCAUUUUUACUAUGCGCUGUACCAGCAGUUACGGUCGAAAUGACAAUAAAAGUGACUUGACUUGAUGCUCCACUUCACCGUUCCCCAUCCCUUUAUCCCCCUCUCACGUUAUCUCCCCGCCCGUCCAUCGCCUCCCUCUGGUGCUCCUCUUCUUUCUUCCAUGGCUUUCUGUCUCUUUCAACAAUCAAUUUCCCAGCUCUUUGCUUCAUCCCUCCCCCCAUCGCCUCUCUCCUCGGCUUUCCUUUCUCCGGUCCUGGGCCCGGAACGUCGACUGCUGCUUUUCCCACCGGCGCUGCCUGGCCUGCCGAGCUCCUCCAGCACUUCCAUUGCUAUCGUUCUCCCUCAGUCCGUAUUUGUUGAUGGAAGAUUCUCACUCCGCCUCAGCACAUGCGACAACUUGACCGAACGAUUCACCAGCUCGUGCUGCGCCCCGGGCCCGGCGAGGCUCCGGGAACCCCUGACACUGAAUGAGUGAAUCGCAGCCUCCCUGCGCCCCCUGCCGUCGCCGGCUGGAAAUGCAGCCGGCUGGUGGACCCAGGAGGCCUGGACUGUCCAACUCAGCCGCCUGUUUGAUUACCAACAUCUUCCCUUCCUUUUCCCCGGCCAUAAAUCAAUAAAUACGGUUAAAAUAUUUCUGUGGGGAAAGCACAGGGUACCUCUCAGUUAAAUGAGGGGCGGCAGGUCAUUACCGCAGCACGCAUUACCCGGUUUUAUCCGGAAGGUCUUCUCCCGUGCACUGUUCACUCUGCUAUGGGGAACGGUUCACGUUUACAGGGUCGACAUUCAAUCUAAAUGUGAACAGCGGAUUUUUAAUUGGUUUGAUGUCCGUCUUCAUCCGGGUAUUCAAGAAGCUCUGUGGAGUCUACCGGGAAUGCCUGUAACCAAAUUAUUCCUCCGAACUAAUUAUUUUUUAACAUUAGACCCCACAGAAGAAAACUAAACCCCAAACACGCUUGAUUCCAUUGAUUCUAUUUUAGAUUUAAAAAAUCAAUUUUUUUUUAUUCGGCAAAGAACGAUCUGCCGGUGGGCCUGAGGUGGGGCAACCGGGUAUUCUGUGGACAAGGCUCCGCCUUCUUGUAGCUUCUGGGUUCUUUGCCUGAUCUAUGUUUCGUGUUUAAGGAAAUCUCACGCAACAGAACUUCUCCGUUCUGAGCAGAAAAAUAAUGGUUCAGGGAUAUUUGGUGUUUGUGAUGUGAAAAAAUAAGAUAACGUUAGGGUAGUAGCGGAUUAUGCGUCGAGAGAGGUGACAGGCAGGACUGGGUACAGCGCACUUGGGGUCCUGACCGGGGUUCUCGCGCCGCCAACAUCCGGGCGCGGUUGUUGUGGCGGGGAGAAGAUGGCGGCUCCCAUCCUGAGGUGGCGGCGCGUCACCAACAGCAGCGGCCCUGUCCCGCGGCCCCGCCAUGGACAUCGCGCUGUCUCCAUCAAGGAGCUAAUGGUUGUCUUCGGCGGCGGCAACGAAGGCAUCGUGGAUGAGCUACACGUUUACAACUCAGCAACUAACCAGUGGUUCAUCCCAGCAGUGAGGGGGGACAUUCCUGCAGGAUGUGCAGCAUAUGGCUUUGUGUGUGACGGGACUCGUCUGUUAGUGUUCGGUGGCAUGGUGGAGUAUGGGAAGUAUAGUAACGAGUUGUAUGAACUACAGGCAAGCAGAUGGGAAUGGAAAAAAUUGAAAGCCAGAGCCCCCAAGAAUGGCCCCCCACCAUGUGCCCGCCUUGGCCACUGCUUUUCAGUUAUUGACAAUAAAUGUUAUUUAUUUGGGGGAUUAGCCAAUGAUAGUGAAGAUCCAAAAAACAAUAUUCCACGGUAUUUAAACGACUUGUAUAUAUUGGAGCUUAAGCCUGGCUCUGGAGUUGUAGGUUGGGACAUACCGGUCACGUAUGGAACUCCACCUCCACCUAGAGAAUCUCACACCGCUGUUGUGUAUCGCAGUAAAGAUGGCAAUAAACCAAAACUGGUCAUCUAUGGUGGAAUGAGUGGCUGUCGACUUGGAGACCUGUGGAUUCUGGAUGUUGAGAAUUUAACGUGGAACAAGCCAGAGGUUGCCGGAGUUCCGCCUUUGCCCAGAAGUUUGCACUCUGCCACAAUGAUUGGGAGCAAAAUGUAUGUUUUUGGUGGCUGGGUCCCCCUUGUCCUGGAAGAUGUCAAAGCUCCCACGCAUGAGAAAGAAUGGAAGUGCACAAAUACUCUGGCAUGUCUGGAUCUUGAAACAAUGACUUGGACUCAGAUCUCAACGGAAUCAUUUGAGGAUAACAUCCCUCGUGCCAGAGCUGGUCACUGCUCAGUCUCAAUAAACACACGUCUGUAUGUGUGGAGUGGUCGAGAUGGCUACCGGAAAGCUUGGAACAAUCAAGUCUGUUGUAAAGACUUGUGGUAUCUUGAAACAGAAAAGCCACCUGCUCCUGGCAAAGUUCAGCUGGUUCGAGCAAGCACCAACUCCCUAGAGGUCAGUUGGGGAGCAGUACCCACAGCCGACAGUUACUUGCUUCAGCUCCAGAAGUACGAUGUGCCAGCAACCACUGCUGCCGCUGUGACCCCUUUGACGAACUCGGCCAUACGGCCAUCCAGCAGUCCUGCUCCUGCAGCCACUGCUCCAGCUUCGUCCUCACCAGCUCAGUCAGGAAUCCGCAUUGUUACGCAGGCUGCUGCCACGCCGGGAACGCAGACUGCCCCCCUAACUCCUGCUGUAACGUCACCAGCUGUACUCAGGAUUCCUGCUACCAUAGCCACUCCACGCACACCAGGCACCACAAUGAUUAGGACAGCAGCAAGCCCAGCAGUAGUCACAUCAGUAGCUUCAACCACACCCCUCGUCACUGUACAACGGCAAGUUGCACCUCAGGUUAAAGCACCCAUCACUGUAGCAACACUUCCACUGAAUAUUCGUAUGGUGAGACCAGCACAGACCACAGCAGGGACUCCACUUACCUCUAGCCCACAGAUGAGUGGAAUGGCAGCUCUGGCUGCUGCCGCUGCUGCCACUCAGAAAAUCCCGUCAAGCACAGCAGUUACCUCAGUUGGAAUCCACCCUGGCACAACCAUGGUGAAAACAGUGGCAGUAACACCUGGGGCCAGUACUUUGCCAACUACUGUGAAAGUAGCCACUCCAUCAGUCAUGGUCAAUGCCCCAGCAACCUCAAUGUUAAAGACUGCUGCUGCUCAGUUAGUGACUCCAACUCAUACUGCUACCACCACUGCUCCAGCAAGACCCAUUAUUACAGUGCACAAGUCUGGCACCGUCACUGUCACCCAGCAGACUCAGGUGGUCACUACUGUGGUGGGAGGGGUCACCAAAACAAUUACGUUGGUUAAGAGUCCCAUUACCAUGGCAGGAGGAAGCACGCUGAUUUCAAACCUAGGCAAAGUGCUAACCCUACAAGCGAAACCAGGUCAACAGGCCACCAUCUCCGGCACAGGCUCUACUGGGCCACUUACACAGAUCUUCCAGACUAAAGGUCAACUGCCUCCAGGGGCCACCAUAUUAAAGCUUGUGACUUCAGCAGAUGGAAAACCUGCUACCAUUAUCACCACCUCCCAGGCAGGCAACGUGGGCCUUAAGCAGACACUUGUGAGCCUUGGCAACAUGUCACCUGCCUCUUCUAAACCAACAACCACCAUUCUCAAAACUAUCCCUAUGUCUGCACUUAUUUCACAGCCUAGUGCCACAGGUGCCACAGGGACUGCUGGCAUGAAAUCGCCAAUUACAAUCAUCACCACAAAAGUAAUGACAUCUGGAACUGGAACACCAACAAAAUUUAUUACUGCUGUGCCUAAAUUACAGGCAGGGCAACAAGGGCUGACCCAGGUUUUGCUGAAAGGUACUGCAGGGCAGCCUGGCACAAUACUACGAACAAUCUCUGGGACACCAGUGAGUGGUGUCAGGUUGAUCACCCCAGUGACUGUUUCUACCACCAAACCAGCACUCACAACUUUGGUAGUGAAGGGAACCACAGAUGCCACUACUUUGGGGACGAUAGGCACCACACUGGCAGGAGUGUCUUCUGUAUCACCCACAGUCAACACUCCCAUUGCAACCCUUGGCACCAUCACCAACCUUGCCGGCCAGGUAAUCAGUGCAUCCCCCAAUACCUCUCAGAAACUCACAGCAGUAACUGGAAGCUCUCCCACAGCUCCCAUCAUCACUCUUCAGCCUGCUUCUGAGCCAAACCGGGUGACAAUCGUUGCUGCCCCCAGUGGCAUGGUGACACAGCAAGCCCAACAGCUGGUAAAUUCAGGCUCCACUUUAGUUGCAGCAUCCCGGCCUACCACUGUGUCAUCAGAGACGCAGACCCAGCAGGUUGAAUUGUUGGAAGUACCAGUUAGGUGUUCGAAUCCCCCUCAUGAGACGAUGGAAACUAACACCACCAAUACAUCUACAACCACCACAGCAAAUAUCGCAGCUAACCAGGUCCAGCCUCCACCCAUGAAUGCUCAAGGUCUCCCUGAAAGUGUGCAUGGUGAAACUGCAACAGCAGGGACAACCAACACUGCAACCACUGCAGCUCCAGCUCAGAGCGGGGCCGUUACGAUGGUAACGCAGUCAACACCUGCACCUGGACCCUCCACACAGGCAAUCCCAUUGACUGAGCCUCAGCCAAAUAAUGAGCAAGGGUCUGUGCCAACAAUGGGGCACACCAUCUUACAGAUUCUGCCUGCCAGCUCUUCAGGAGCAACGGCCAAUGUCACGCUACUUGCCCAAGCAGCGCCCGAAGGAGUUCAGGUGCCCAAUGCCCCAGCAGUGCCGACACUCCAGCCCCAGUCCACAGUCAGCCUCCAGCAGGACCAGCUCCUUCCUCCCCGUGAAUUACUUGCUGACAGUCGGCCUGAGGUCCUGGCUGACCUGGGACUGUCCCCCGAGGAGCUGGCAGUAGCAGCAGCCGCUGAGGAAGCGGCGCGCUUGGCAUUGCUGGAUGAAGAAGCCAGAGCAACAACAACGGUACCAGGGGCUGCUCUGCCAUCUAAUGAGGCUACAGCAAGGGAAGAGCCUAUGGAAACCUCAGCAGAUUUGACAACAAUUCAGCCAGCACAGCUUUCUCACCAGGCUCUGCAGACACUGGUGUCCUUGCAGUCUGUUGUACCGUUAGCUGAACUUGCACAACAAGACAUAGAAAGAGCAGGCCAGCAACAGGCUUCAGAGAGCAACCAACCCUCCCGGCUAGCAGAGGCUCUAGCACCAGCAGAUAGUCUCAAUGAUUCUACCUCGGAGAUCAAUGGGCCUCAGGAACUGGCCAACAGUGCCCCAAGUGUUCAGCUACCCAUUCUGAGUACCACUGGUCUGGCACCAUACACUUCUCUACUGACACCAUCAACCAACUCUGCUUCCAGUCCAGUGAAACUACAGGCAGCCACUGCUUUAGCCCAAGUAGCCAAUGGAAUUGGACUUCCUGCAUCGAAACAGGAUGCAUCUUCUGUGCAACCAAAGCCAACCAACAGGAAGGAAGCCAAUCAGUGGUAUGAUGUUGGCGUAUUUAAAACUACAAGCACUGUAGUGGUUUCCUAUUAUUUGCCUGCAGAGGGCUCCCAAGGAGAAGAGGACGAAAAUUUAGACAAUGUCCCAGACCACAGCAACUUGAAGACUGUGAAACUGCAGUCGGGCACUGCCUAUAAGUUCCGCGUGGCCGGAAUAAAUGCUUGUGGACGGGGUCCAUUCAGCGAAAUUUCAGCCUUCAAGUCUUGUAUCCCAGGAUUCCCAGGUGCACCAUCUGCCAUCAAGAUCAGUAAAGUUGCCGACGGUGCACAACUUUCCUGGGAGCCUCCUGCCGUCACCUCUGGAAGCAUUAUUGAAUAUUCUGUGUAUCUAGCACUUCCAGGAUCACAGGCAGCAGAUCCCAAGCCUGUGGGGACUUCACAUCUGCUCUUUGUCCGAGUGUACUGUGGGCCACUCCCCACUUGUCUGGUGUCUUCAGCCAACUUGGCAAAUGCACACGUUGACACAACCACAAAACCUGCAAUAAUCUUCCGGAUAGCAGCCAAGAAUGAGAAGGGCUAUGGACCAGCCACACAGGUCAGGUGGCUACAAGAUGCCAGUAAAGAUGGAGCAAGGCCUGCAGUCAAGCGUUCUGUCACAUCCCCUGAUAACAAGCUAUUAAACGUGAACAAGAAGGCCAAACCAGAUGGGUCCUAACUCUCUUGUGCAUAGUGAACUGUCGCCUUUUUAUUUCAUACACCUAAGAACAUGCUUGGCUUAGAAUCCACCUUGGUAUGCCGGCGCACAUUCUGUUUGGAGGGUUUCGUUUCAGUAGAGAACAGUCUUCGCUUUUGUUACCGUUCAUUUAAAAUGAGGACUGCAUCUCAGCGGAAACCUGCAGUGAACUGAUGGUGUUACUUGAAGCAAAGGCGCCCUGUUGCGUGGAAUUUCAUUCAUUUGCCAAAUUAUCUAUUGUCGAUUUAUACAGACUUUCUCAUCAGAGUAAACCGACUUGAUUUUGUUUUUCUAGUUCCUUCUCUUUCCUGACCUUGUGAUUCUUACUCAUUUUGACAAAAUGCACAUCAGGGCCAGAAUACUCACCCAGUCAGACGUUCUGUAAAAGGGAAGUGACACUUGGGAUUCCAGGUGUCCUCCGCUCUUUGCCUGCUUCUGCCCUUCUCAGAGUAACUGGGAAUCACUCAUUUUACACCCUGCUGUUUGGGGGAAUUUUGUAGUGAAAACCACUAAUUCCACUCCACCCUGUCUCCAGUCUGUUCUGUUUGACAACUGAAGCAACUCCUGGAGCCCUGGUAAAUGCAUGUGUACUCAUAUCCUGUAUCUUCUCAGAGGGAAUUUGGAAUAUAGUUUGUUUUCAUGCCCUCUUACAACACCUAUUAUAGGUCAGGAAAAACCUCUGUGCAACUGGUAUAUUAAGUUAUGAGGUUUUGUAUUAGAUGGCUGCAGGGAGAGGAGGAGUAGAAAUUAAUUCCAUCACUAGAGUUAUGGGAACUUUACUGCAGAAAGUGAAUGUAGAGGAGGAAGGCAAGAUUUUAUUUUUUGUUUUGAUUAUAAUCUCUAUAGUUUUGCCUGAGGCAGCUCUAUUUUUAUCCAGUCGCAGGUUGGGGACAUCAUUGUUACCCUUUCUUAGUUGCUCUUGGUGAGCUGCUGCCUUCAGCCUUCCCAUGUGAAGCUGCUCACACUACCCAGGUGGGUUGGGAUUAGCAAGAUAGUUCCAAGAGAGGAAUGGUGUGUGACUUUUCCUUGUGCCUGUGGUCGCAUGGAGUGGAUGAAAGGAUGUGGUGAGCAGUAUAUAGUUACUCUGGAUGGUCAUAUUCUUAAUAAAGUGUUGUGUGGACUUGCUGCUUAAACAAGAGAUGGUUAUGUAUCUCAGACUUUCGUGAGCAGGUGGUAGGAGGGAGACUGUCUGAGAAUAAAAUGCUUCUGCUUUAGUGCCUGACAGUCGAUAACAGCAGGAGAUGUAAGUGUGAAGAUCAUUUCACCAUCUUUGUGUUGAAAAAUGCACAAUUGUAUGCACUCUGCACACAAUCCCUCAAGUUCAGUGUACAUGUUGUUACUGAACACUGCCUCCGAGCCCGGUUGUCACUGAAUAAUAAUGGGAAAGGUGGAGUGUGGAAUGGGAGGAUUCUGCAUCUGCAUGUGUGGCAUCUGCAGGAAAGAAAUAUCCCCAAAAGCAAGGCAGUUGCCAAAUAAACACAACGUCGGAGUGUGAGCUAUUGAAACAUCGUAGGGCUGAGUCAUUUUAGCCUGCCUUCAGCAUUGUAUUUAGCUUGUCAUGGUGUGUUUCUGAACACAAGAGCCCUGUUUUGGAAACAGCUCAGGUCAGUAUGAGUUACACUCACAAGAUCAAGUGGAAACAUCCCCAAGCGGUUAAGUAAUCACAUGGGCUAUAAGUUCUGAGUUUAAGCAAGUGUGCCAUUCUACUUGCUUAUGGGUACCAACCAUUGCAUGGAAACGAUGAGGACAGAAUCUCCUCUCUGAAGUGUUGUGUGGAAAAUUUAUAUUCUUCCUAGUUUAAUGGGCAGAGGUUUUCAGAAACUCCUUAAAUCUUUAUUGUCAGAAGGGGAGCCUCAUCUGGUCCUUCUCAUAACAGGUGUAGUGGGAGGACAAUCCUGUUUGGUUCCUUUAUACUUGUGCCUCUGAAGAGGCAACUGACCAGUAAAUAUCUUGAGCCCAAUCUAAGAAUGGCUGAAGGAACUGAAACUAGAUUGGAAGACUACCUGGGCAAUAGAUUCUUCUUUUUAAACUAGUUCUGUGCCAAGUGUUCUAAACGUUGUAUAUUUUAUCCUCUGCAGUGCUUGCCAGGGACACACCAAUUAAUUCAUUUGUGUUCCUUUUCCUCAAAGUUGACACUUAAGCAUUAGAAUCUGCAGCCUUCUGAUCGAUGCCUGGCAUUGUUCUCCAAGGAUUUCUUUGGCAUGCCAAUGUAAUUCUUUCCCCCUCUGCCACUGAUGGUCCUGCGUAACCCAUUAUUCCUUUCAGUUUAAUGGCUAGACUCCAAAUAGACCAGAACCCAAAUGUACCAAUACUUUAGCCAGUGCUGCAUUGAUAGACCAGUAUUAACCAGUAUGGUAUCCCAGUGAUAAACAGUUUACCAGUGUUAUACUAUGAAAACAAGACAACGUUUUUAUAAGCUCUGUGGUGAAAGAAAAUAUUCAUCGUACAAAGUCCAGGGAAGUAAUGUUACCCUUCUGUCAAAUUAAACUUGCACACCUUGAAACCAUGAUAGGUAUACUCAGCAGUUUUGCAAGAACAAUAAUAAUAAUGAAGCCAGCUAAUGUUGAGAUUGUGGUGAUUCAGAUCUUUGCCACAGGUAGUUGAGAAUUUCCUUUGACAAAUAUUUCAAUCUAUCCAUAAGUUAUGUUUGACACCUGUAUGUUCCAUAUGGAAAAAGAAACAGCCUUUUUAAAAUCUCUUGUGAAAGAAAAUGCUCAUUAGACAAUACCCUGGGAAAUAAUGUUACCCUUCUGACAAAUUAAACUUGCAUAGCUCAGAACUGGUACUGAUUGAAGGGUCAAAGCCAGACAUUUGAGUCUGGGUGGGAGCACUGAUGUUGGUGAUCAUGAAUUCCGUUCAGCAGUUGGGUUGUCACACCAAAUCACUGUCCAGAGAGAUCAAACAGCACUUCCAAUGGAGACAGUAUUAAAAUCAUCCUGGUUUUAUGUGCCAGGUUGUGGCAAAACUACAAUUAUAUUUUAAAAUAUAAUAACUGAGCCUGCAUUUUUAAAAUGACAUAGCUUUCCAGGAGGAUCUGAGAGGAGCCAGCAAAUGUUCCCUCCCCUUCCCUAUAUUUUGAACCAUUUUGCAAAGAUUAUGGAAUUUGUCUAUCUGGAUUUCAUAACUUUAGAAUCUGUACAUAUGAUUAUAAGCUUUUUUUCCCUUCCCCUUUUCCCGGAUCAAUCCUGUCAGUCAGAGAUUGAAAGAGCACCUGGCUGACAAACCAGAAGGCAUUUUCUUUAAGCUUGUGGAUCAGAGCACACAGUUUGUUUGCUUCAGUGGAAGGGUCAGUGGCGAAGUUGGAAGGUUUUUGUUCAUGGGCGAAGAGCUGUUGUCUCUGUACAGGGUAUGUGCUUAAAUGAUGGAAAACAAGAAAAGGCCAGAAUUUGGCUGCAAUGGUUUUGUAAUAUUAUGUACAGCUUAGAUAGGAAGUGUGCUAAUGUGUUAUUUUUUAUUUUUUAAAGAAAGGUUUUGUAUAGUUUAUACAUGUUUAAAAUGAGCAGAAUGGGUGGGGGGUGGUGUUGGGAAAACACGGGUAGUUUAGAAUUUACUCUCCAUCUAUUCCUUAGCCCCAAAUGCUGUCUGUAACUAUGUUUCCCUCACGCUGUGAAGUUGGUACCAUUUCUCUGUACAUCUCUGCUGCUUGUAUCAGUUGUAAUGAAUUUAUAUUUUUUGGAUUAAAGGAAAAACACAAAAAAAUUGUCCAUUGUAGAAAAGUCAAAUUAUAAAUCAUUUUGCUAUCUUUUGUGCUUUUUUUGAAUAAAAUCUGUUUUUGAAUACA